GAAAAGCUGAUUGUUUCCAACGAGCAGGAGGUGUUACGAGUCCACUACCGGGCCGCCAGAACGCUAGCCAAUCAGACGCUCCCGUUCAGUGCAUGCACCGUGCUAUUGGACGCUGAAGUGUAUAACAUGCCUCAGGAUGCCCAAUCAAGUGGCAUGAUGUCACGCACUGUCGAAUCAGGUGACCAAGAUGGCAAGACGUCGGUGAGGGAUCGUUUCAACGCCCGCCAGUUUAUGUCCUGGUUACAAGACGUGGACGACAAGUUCGAUAAACUCAAGACGUGUCUUCUGAUGCGGCAGCAGCACGAGGCAGCAGCUCUUAAUGCUGUCCAGCGUCUCCAUUGGCAGCUGAAACUCCAGGAGCUGGAUCCAGUCAUGUACAAGUCCACCUCCAUCUUCGAGAUAUCCGAGUUCUACAUCCCCCUGGUAGAGGUCAACGACGACUUUGACCUCACGCCCAUAUGACCUGUGACCCUUGACCUUUAGGCUAGGACUGGCAGUCAGGGUCAGGCAGAGGACCGAUGAUUAGGAAGGAUCAUCUAGUGGCCCAUCUACCUCUUAACGGGGAUAAAGAGAUGGAGGGAUGGGAAACGUGAGGCACUUGGAACAUGGAUGUGUGUAGAGAGCACCACGUGUGUGUGUGUGUGUGUGUGUGUGUGUGUGUGUGUGUGUGUGUGUGUGUGUGUGUGUGUGUGUGUGUGUGUGUGUGUGUGUGUGUGUGUGUGUGUGUGUGUGUGUGUGUGUGUGUGAGCAGCACUUCUCUAAAUGUGGCUGAGCUCCUAUGGUAGACAACAGAGACACCACAGACCUGGCCUUAUUCUCCCAACUAGUGGCAAACUGACUGCUUAUUCUGUUCUGGACAGGCCUGGAGCUCCACCAGGGCUCAGGGGCCCAGACCACACACUUACCCCAGGGGCCCGAGGCUGGGUAGGGGUUGGGGCAGCGCCAGGUGCUGCUGUCUGCUGAGAGGAAAGAGCUCCAGAGAGAGACCAAGCAUGGACACUAUUCCCUAUAUAGGGCACUUUGUGAAGUAUAUAGAAAAUAGGGUGCCGUUCCUGAUGUUUCCUAUGGAGUCGACCAUCUCUCUGCCCUCUGCACCUCCUGAUGUUCCCCAUGGAGUCGACCGUCCCUCUGCCCUCUGCACCUCCUGAUGUUCCCUAUGGAGUCGACCAUCCCUCUGCACCUCCUGAUGUUCCCUAUGGAGUCGACCGUCCCUCUGCCCUCUGCACCUCCUGAUGUUCCCCAUGGAGUCGACCGUCCCUCUGCCCUCUGCACCUCCUGAUGUUCCCCAUGGAGUCGACCAUCCCUCUGCCCUCUGCACCUCCUGAUGUUCCCCAUGGAGUCGACCGUCCCUCUGCCCUCUGCACCUCCUGUUGUUCCCUAUGGAGUCGACCGUCCCUCUGCCCUCUGCACCUCCUGAUGUUCCCUAUGGAGUCGACCAUCCCUCUGCCCUCUGCACCUCCUGAUGUUCCCUAUGGAGUCGACCAUCCCUCUGCACCUCCUGAUGUUCCCCAUGGAGUCGACCAUCCCUCUGCCCUCUGCACCUCCUGAUGUUCCCUAAGGAGUCGACCAUCCCUCUGCCCUCUGCACCUCCUGAUGUUCCCUAUGGAGUCGACCAUCCCUCUGCCCUCUGCACCUCCUGAUGUUCCCUAUGGAGUCGACCAUCCCUCUGCACCUCCUGAUGUUCCCUAAGGAGUCGACCAUCCCUCUGCCCUCUGCACCUCCUGAUGUUCCCUAUGGAGUCGACCAUCCCUCUGCACCUCCUGAUGUUCCCUAUGGAGUCGACCAGCCCUCUGCACCUCCUGAUGUUCCCUAUGGAGUCGACCAUCCCUCUGCACCUCCUGAUGUUCCCUAUGGAGUCGACCGUCCCUCUGCCCUCUGCACCUCCUGAUGUUCCCUAUGGAGUCGACCGUCCCUCUGCCCUCUGCACCUCCUGAUGUUCCCUAUGGAGUCGACCAUCCCUCUGCCCUCUGCACCUCCUGAUGUUCCCCAUGGAGUCGACCAUCCCUCUGCCCUCUGCACCUCCUGAUGUUCCCCAUGGAGUCGACCAUCCCUCUGCCCUCUGCACCUCCUGAUGUUCCCCAUGGAGUCGACCGUCCCUCUGCCCUCUGCACCUCCUGAUGUUUCCUAUGGAGUCGACCGUCCCUCUGCCCUCUGCACCUCCUGAUGUUCCCUAUGGAGUCGACCAUCCCUCUGCCCUCUGCACCUCCUGAUGUUCCCUAUGGAGUCGACCAUCCCUCUGCACCUCCUGAUGUUCCCUAUGGAGUCGACCAUCCCUCUGCCCUCUGCACCUCCUGAUGUUCCCUAUGGAGUCGACCGUCCCUCUGCCCUCUGCACCUCCUGAUGUUCCCUAUGGAGUCGACCAUCCCUCUGCACCUCCUGAUGUUCCCCAUGGAGUCGACCAUCCCUCUGCACCUCCUGUUGUUCCCUAUGGAGUCGACCAUCCCUCUGCACCUCCUGAUGUUCCCCAUGGAGUCGACCAUCCCUCUGCACCUCCUGUUGUUCCCUAUGGAGUCGACCGUCCCUCUGCCCUCUGCACCUCCUGAUGUUCCCCAUGGAGUCGACCAUCCCUCUGCCCUCUGCACCUCCUGAUGUUCCCUAUGGAGUCGACCAUCCCUCUGCCCUCUGCACCUCCUGAUGUUCCCUAAGGAGUCGACCAUCCCUCUGCACCUCCUGAUGUUCCCUAUGGAGUCGACCAUCCCUCUGCACCUCCUGUUGUUCCCUAUGGAGUCGACCAUCCCUCUGCACCUCCUGAUGUUCCCUAAGGAGUCGACCAUCCCUCUGCACCUCCUGAUGUUCCCUAUGGAGUCGACCAUCCCUCUGCACCUCCUGUUGUUCCCUAUGGAGUCGACCAUCCCUCUGCACCUCCUGAUGUUCCCUAAGGAGUCGACCAUCCCUCUGCACCUCCUGAUGUUCCCUAUGGAGUCGACCAUCCCUCUGCACCUCCUGUUGUUCCCUAUGGAGUCGACCAGCCCUCUGCACCUCCUGAUGUUCCCCAUGGAGUCGACCGUCCCUCUGCACCUCCUGAUGUUCCCCAUGGAGUCGACCAUCCCUCUGCACCUCCUGUUGUUCCCUAUGGAGUCGACCAUCCCUCUGCACCUCCUGAUGUUCCCCAUGGAGUCGACCAUCCCUCUGCACCUCCUGUUGUUCCCUAUGGAGUCGACCGUCCCUCUGCCCUCUGCACCUCCUGAUGUUCCCCAUGGAGUCGACCAUCCCUCUGCCCUCUGCACCUCCUGAUGUUCCCUAUGGAGUCGACCAUCCCUCUGCCCUCUGCACCUCCUGAUGUUCCCUAAGGAGUCGACCAUCCCUCUGCACCUCCUGAUGUUCCCUAUGGAGUCGACCAUCCCUCUGCACCUCCUGAUGUUCCCUAUGGAGUCGACCAUCCCUCUGCACCUCCUGUUGUUCCCUAUGGAGUCGACCAUCCCUCUGCACCUCCUGAUGUUCCCUAAGGAGUCGACCAUCCCUCUGCACCUCCUGAUGUUCCCUAUGGAGUCGACCAUCCCUCUGCACCUCCUGUUGUUCCCUAUGGAGUCGACCAUCCCUCUGCACCUCCUGAUGUUCCCUAAGGAGUCGACCAUCCCUCUGCACCUCCUGAUGUUCCCUAUGGAGUCGACCAUCCCUCUGCACCUCCUGUUGUUCCCUAUGGAGUCGACCAUCCCUCUGCACCUCCUGAUGUUCCCUAAGGAGUCGACCGUCCCUCUGCCCUCUACACCUCCUGAUGUUCCCUAUGGAGUCGACCAUCCCUCUGCACCUCCUGAUGUUCCCUAUGGAGUCGACCAUCCCUCUGCCCUCUGCACCUCCUGAUGUUCCCUAUGGAGUCGACCGUCCCUCUGCCCUCUGCACCUCCUGAUGUUCCCCAUGGAGUCGACCAUCCCUCUGCCCUCUACACCUCCUGAUGUUCCCUAUGGAGUCGACCGUCCCUCUGCCCUCUGCACCUCCUGAUGUUCCCUAUGGAGUCGACCAUCCCUCUGCACCUCCUGAUGUUCCCCAUGGAGUCGACCAUCCCUCUGCCCUCUGCACCUCCUGAUGUUCCCCAUGGAGUCGACCAUCCCUCUGCACCUCCUGAUGUUCCCUAUGGAGUCGACCAUCCCUCUGCACCUCCUGAUGUUCCCCAUGGAGUCGACCGUCCCUCUGCCCUCUGCACCUCCUGAUGUUCCCCAUGGAGUCGACCAUCCCUCUGCCCUCUGCACCUCCUGAUGUUCCCCAUGGAGUCGACCAUCCCUCUGCACCUCCUGAUGUUCCCCAUGGAGUCGACCAUCCCUCUGCCCUCUGCACCUCCUGAUGUUCCCCAUGGAGUCGACCAUCCCUCUGCACCUCCUGAUGUUCCCCAUGGAGUCGACCAUCCCUCUGCCCUCUGCACCUCCUGAUGUUCCCCAUGGAGUCGACCAUCCCUCUGCACCUCCUGUUGUUCCCUAUGGAGUCGACCAUCCCUCUGCCCUCUGCACCUCCUGAUGUUCCCUAUGGAGUCGACCAUCCCUCUGCCCUCUGCACCUCCUGAUGUUCCCUAAGGAGUCGACCGUCCCUCUGCCCUCUGCACCUCCUGAUGUUCCCUAAGGAGUCGACCGUCCCUCUGCCCUCUGCACCUCCUGAUGUUCCCCAUGGAGUCGACCAUCCCUCUGCCCUCUGCACCUCCUGAUGUUCCCCAUGGAGUCGACCUGCCCUCUGCACCUCCUGAUGUUCCCUAUGGAGUCGACCGUCCCUCUGCACCUCCUGAUGUUCCCUAUGGAGUCGACCAUCCCUCUGCACCUCCUGAUGUUCCCUAUGGAGUCGACCGUCCCUCUGCACCUCCUGAUGUUCCCUAUGGAGUCGACCAUCCCUCUGCACCUCCUGAUGUUCCCUAUGGAGUCGACCAUCCCUCUGCACCUCCUGUUGUUCCCUAUGGAGUCGACCAGCCCUCUGCACCUCCUGAUGUUCCCCAUGGAGUCGACCAUCCCUCUGCCCUCUGCACCUCCUGAUGUUCCCUAUGGAGUCGACCAUCCCUCUGCACCUCCUGAUGUUCCCCAUGGAGUCGACCAUCCCUCUGCCCUCUGCACCUCCUGAUGUUCCCCAUGGAGUCGACCAUCCCUCUGCCCUCUGCACCUCCUGAUGUUCCCCAUGGAGUCGACCAUCCCUCUGCCCUCUGCACCUCCUGAUGUUCCCUAUGGA